AUGGGCGUUGAAUUAAAGAAGAUUGACCAGUUGCAAAUGAAUAAAUGGAUUGAUGGAAACAAAAAAUACACACUGCUAUACAAAGCAACAAGGGAUGGAUGUUCUGCGGGUGCAUUCCAUAAUAAAUGCAAUAAUAAAGGACCAACUGUUACUAUUUUGUACAAUAUCAAUAAUUCCGUAUUUGGAGGGUAUACUUCCGUUAGUUGGAGAAGUGCUGGAGGUUAUCAUGCCGAUGCAUAUGCUUUCCUAUUUCGUCUUUACCAGAAUGGAAGGUGGAUUCCAAUAAAAAUGCCGUUCAGUGGCAGUAAUAAUUCUUCUAUUUACGAUGAUGCUUCUUUUGGUCCUACUUUCGGUGCAUUUGAUCUCAAAACAUUCACAGGCAGUAUAAACAGCAGUGGAACGUAUUAUCAUUUAAACGGGACCACCAAUUUUGGCCAAUCAUAUACCAUGAAUGGCGAAACAUAUAAAUCUAUAGCUAAUGGUCAUUUACAAAUCAAAGAUAUAGAAGUUUAUUUGGUAGAGGACUUACCUGCUAGAUUACCUCUCGAUGAGCCAUGGAGGAAGACCCCAAAAUGGGAUGAAAAGCUACUCAAUGCAUUGAAAGAAAAGAUAGAACAAUAUAAACCUCUUCGGGAACUAAAUGUGCCUCAUGCACGUCUUUUAUUGGUUGGACAAGUAGGAGCAGGAAAGUCCAGUUUCUUUAACACCAUCAAUUCAAUCUUCAAAGGCUAUAUAACAAGUCAGGCAUGUAGUGGUAAUGCAGAGCAUAGUGUAACAACUGUUUAUCGGAUGUAUCAAAUCAGAAACUGGACAUCAGGCGAACCACUAAAUUUCAGAAUGCAUGAUACUAGAGGAAUUGAGGCAAACCAAGGUAUUGAUGCCCAUGAAAUGUGUUUCUUAUUGGACGGUCAUAUACCAGAUCGACACCAGCUCAAUCCUUCAGUUCCCCUAUCAACAGACAUUCCAGGGUUUGUGACUAUCCCUCAUCUAUCAGACAAAAUACAUUGUGUGGUGUUUGUCAUAGAUGGCAGCACAAUUGAUGUCAUGCCAGAGAAGGUUAUUGAAAGGAUGAAGGCACUUCAGAGUCGCAUGAAUCAAAAAGGAGUUCCACAAGUGGUUUUGCUAACAAAGAUAGAUAAGAUGUGCGAAACUUCAUGUGAAGACCUUUCGAAGGUUUUCUCCAGCUUCGUUAUUCAGCAAACGAUAGACAGAGUAUCACAGAUAAUAGGACUUCCAAGGUCACACAUUCUUCCAAUUAAGAAUUACGAAUCGGAGAUGGAGCUAAAUGAUAACGUCAACAUUCUAACUUUGAUAACCUUGCAACAUAUUUUACAUUUUUGUGAUGACUACAUGGACAACUACCUUGACCAAAAUGAAGAGGGAAAAAUGAAAAAGCUGAGUAUUAGGGAGAAAAACAUUUGA